CACCGAUAGUGGAGGCAAAUGACCUGUUGGCACAGUCAGACGAUUUGCCAAAAUUUCUUGAAGUUUUCAAAGCACAAGAUCUGAGGCCUGGCGAGCAGUUAUCGUUGAAAUGUAUGGCAACGGGAACGCCAUUACCAAUGAUUACGUGGCUUUUGGACGACUUGCCUAUCACUGAAUUGAAUGGCUUACGUUAUGGCGAUUAUGUGACCAGAGAUUCAAAUGUGAUAUCAUUUGUGAAUAUAUCAUCGGUGAGUACAGAGCACGGCGGCCACUGGACGUGUACGGCCCGAUCGCACUCCUCCAAUGUCCGCUACGGGGCUAAUAUUCAUGUGAUGGGCAGCCCUUUCGUACGGCUCAUACCAAACAUGACUUUAGUCGCUCACCAGACUAUAUAUCUCAAGUGUCCGGUUGGCGGCAAUUUCGAUGAAAUCCAAUGGGAAAAAAACGGAGUGCUUUUGCCCGACAAUCACAGACAAACACUUCAUACGAACGGAACACUCAUUGUUCGCGAGCUCUCCCGGGAAACAGAUGGAGGAAGAUAUUCGUGUUUCGCUAAAUAUAAGGGCGAUAUUUCCCGAAGAGAUUUCUAUAUAACAGUGAGAGAAAAACCAGUGAUUGAGCCGUUUAUCGUGCCGUCGUUAGUACAUACGGGACAACGACUGUCCAUCACAUGUACUGUCAUUAGAGGUGAUCCGCCGUUGACUAUCAAAUGGCUAUACAAUGACCACAUGAUCGGCGAAGAGUCGGUCGUCAGCAACACUGUUAUUAAAGUCCAUCAUUUGACUGACUAUUCCUCGACAUUACUAUUUGAAUUGUUAACUAAGAAACAGACGGUCGCCGCCCGUUUUAGAGCCAAAUUCAGGGCCGAGACCUUUACGAGGCAUCAGAAGUCGAUUCUGGUGUGCGAUGCGAUCGGCGAGCGGCCCAUCACUAUUGACUGGAGUAGAGACCGACAAAUCAUUCAUACGGAACACCACUCUAACAGAUACGCUAUAAAGGAGACAGUAAUGAACGAAGGAAUCACAUCGGAGUUAGUCAUUGAAUCGAUUGAUAGAAGCGAUUCAGCGCUCUAUCAGUGCAUCACAUCUAAUGCCUAUGGAAAGGAUGAAACAAGUAUUCAAGUUAUAGUUCAAGAACCGCCCGACACUCCACUCGACGUGAAAGUGGAUGACAUAACGAGUCGCUCGGCGCGGGUGUCGUGGGCGCCCCCUUUCACCGGCAAUUCACGAAUUACCAAAUAUCACAUUUAUCUCAAAGAAAAUCCCACUGAAAUAUCUCAACAAAAGCGCAAUAUCACUAUUCCCGGCACAGAAACCGUUUGGACGAUAUCCGAGUUAUUACCGAAUAAUGUGUAUUCACUAAACGUCGCGGCCGUCAAUUCGCUCGGAAUAAGUCAAUCGAGUCUUUCAAUCAAUUUCCAGACCCAAGAAGAAGUUCCCAGCGAUCCUCCGACUCAUAUCAAAGCCCACUCCAACUCGUCGACGACACUGAAAAUAAGUUGGAAGGUGCCGGUCCUCCUUCUGAACCAAUUAAAUCCGAAACUCUUUUUGAAGUCCAAUUCGUGGUAUUAUAUUCAGAUCACUGCCUACUCCCAGGCCGGCAGCAGUCAGGCUGAGUACAACUUCUUGACGCGAACCCAACAUAACUGUAAGUACAACUCAAUCCUCUCAUUCCUCUCAUUCUCAUCCAUCCAUUAG